CACCCCCGUUCCUUGCGCCGACCCUCACCCCGGAGCCAAUAUUCCCGAAAUUAAGAGAUACGCUGCGGCGGCGGCUGGAGCUGCGGGGCCCGGGGCGGCCGGGGCCGGGGGGGACCGCAGCGAGGCCGCCGCCGUCGCCAUGGAGGCGCUGGGACCAGGGCCACCGGCCAGCCUUUUCCAGCCGCCUCGUCGCCCUGGUCUGGGAACUGUUGGGAAACCAAUCCGUCUCUUAGCCAAUCAUUUCCAGGUGCAGAUCCCUAAAAUUGAUGUUUAUCAUUAUGAUGUGGAUAUCAAACCAGAAAAGCGUCCCCGGAGGGUGAACAGGGAGGUGGUGGAUACUAUGGUGAGACACUUCAAGAUGCAGAUAUUUGGGGAUCGGCAGCCUGGCUACGAUGGUAAAAGAAACAUGUACACGGCACAUCCUCUGCCCAUUGGCAGGGACAGGGUGGACAUGGAGGUCACUCUUCCAGGUGAAGGGAAAGACCAAACUUUUAAAGUGUCGAUUCAGUGGGUGUCUGUGGUCAGCCUUCAGCUGCUCCUGGAAGCUUUGGCAGGUCAUCUGAAUGAAGUCCCAGAAGACUCUGUGCAGGCACUUGAUGUCAUUACCCGGCACCUUCCCUCUAUGAGGUACACCCCAGUGGGCCGUUCCUUCUUCUCUCCCCCAGAAGGUUAUUACCACCCUCUGGGAGGGGGCCGGGAGGUCUGGUUUGGAUUCCACCAGUCUGUCAGACCCGCUAUGUGGAACAUGAUGCUCAACAUAGAUGUAUCAGCAACUGCUUUCUACCGUGCCCAACCUAUUAUUGAGUUCAUGUGUGAGGUCUUGGACAUUCAGAACAUCAAUGAACAAACAAAGCCCCUUACAGAUUCCCAGCGUGUUAAGUUUACCAAAGAAAUUAGAGGUCUAAAAGUAGAGGUUACUCACUGUGGUCAGAUGAAGAGAAAAUAUAGAGUUUGCAAUGUUACUAGGCGACCAGCCAGCCACCAAACGUUCCCUUUGCAGUUGGAAAAUGGACAGGCUAUGGAAUGUACAGUAGCUCAGUAUUUUAAGCAGAAGUACAGUCUGCAGUUAAAAUAUCCUCAUCUUCCAUGCCUCCAAGUAGGGCAGGAGCAGAAACAUACAUAUUUACCCCUCGAGGUAUGUAAUAUAGUGGCCGGCCAGCGUUGUAUCAAGAAACUAACAGACAAUCAGACGUCGACUAUGAUCAAGGCAACGGCACGGUCUGCUCCUGACAGGCAGGAAGAAAUUAGUAGACUAGUGAAGAGUAAUAGCAUGGUAGGUGGACCUGAUCCAUAUCUGAAAGAGUUUGGGAUUGUCGUCCAUAAUGAAAUGACAGAGCUGACAGGCAGGGUGUUGCCUGCACCAAUGUUACAGUACGGAGGCCGGAACAAGACUGUUGCUACACCAAAUCAAGGUGUUUGGGAUAUGAGAGGAAAGCAGUUCUAUGCUGGCAUUGAGAUUAAAGUCUGGGCUGUUGCCUGCUUCGCUCCUCAGAAGCAAUGCCGGGAAGACUUGUUAAAGAGUUUUACUGACCAGCUGCGGAAGAUCUCCAAGGAUGCAGGGAUGCCGAUUCAAGGACAGCCGUGCUUCUGUAAAUAUGCGCAGGGUGCGGACAGCGUGGAGCCCAUGUUCAAACAUUUGAAGUUAACUUAUGUUGGCUUGCAGCUAAUAGUCGUGAUCCUUCCAGGAAAGACACCAGUUUAUGCUGAGGUCAAGCGUGUUGGGGAUACUCUACUAGGCAUGGCCACCCAGUGCGUUCAGGUGAAGAAUGUUGUCAAAACCUCUCCACAGACUCUGUCGAACCUUUGUCUGAAGAUCAAUGCGAAGCUUGGAGGAAUAAAUAAUGUUCUUGUACCACAUCAAAGGCCCUCUGUGUUCCAGCAGCCAGUGAUCUUCCUGGGAGCAGAUGUCACUCACCCACCUGCUGGAGACGGGAAGAAGCCUUCCAUUGCUGCUGUAGUAGGCAGCAUGGAUGGCCACCCCAGUCGCUACUGUGCUACGGUGCGGGUUCAAACCUCCCGCCAGGAAACUUCCCAGGAGCUUCUAUACAGUCAGGAGGUGAUCCAGGACCUGACCAACAUGGUGCGAGAACUGCUGAUCCAGUUCUAUAAAUCCACUCGUUUCAAGCCCACGCGGAUUAUCUACUACAGGGGAGGCGUGUCAGAAGGGCAAAUGAAGCAGGUAGCUUGGCCAGAACUCAUAGCAAUCCGGAAGGCCUGCAUCAGUUUGGAGGAAGACUACAGACCAGGGAUCACUUACAUUGUUGUGCAGAAAAGGCAUCACACAAGACUUUUCUGCGCUGACAAAACCGAAAGGGUUGGGAAAAGCGGCAAUGUUCCAGCGGGCACUACCGUGGACAGCACCAUCACGCACCCCUCUGAAUUCGACUUUUACCUCUGUAGCCAUGCAGGGAUUCAGGGAACCAGCCGCCCUUCUCAUUAUCAAGUUUUGUGGGAUGACAACUGCUUCACCGCCGACGAAUUGCAGCUGCUGACGUACCAGCUGUGUCACACUUAUGUCCGGUGCACACGGUCUGUCUCGAUCCCUGCUCCGGCAUACUACGCCAGGCUGGUAGCCUUUAGGGCAAGGUACCAUCUUGUUGACAAAGACCACGACAGCGCUGAAGGCAGCCACGUAUCGGGACAGAGCAAUGGCCGUGACCCCCAGGCGCUGGCCAAGGCGGUGCAGAUCCAUCAUGACACCCAGCACACGAUGUAUUUUGCCUGA